AUGGAAGUCGCUACGUUUGCUGGUGGUUGUUUUUGGCGUAUGCAAACAGUUUUUUCAAGAGUACCCGGUGUCAUAUCAACUAUAGUUGGUUUUUCAGGUGGUUAUGUAGCUAAUCCAACAUAUCAACAAGUUCGUUCCGGACAAACGGGCCAUGCUGAAACAGUUCAAGUAACAUAUAAUCCACAAUUAGUAACAUUUCCACAAUUAUUACAAAUAUUCUUCUCAAGUCAUGAUUCAACACAAAUGAAUCGACAAGGUGCAGAUGUUGGUCCGCAAUAUCGAUCAGCUAUCUUCUAUCAUAGUCCAAGUCAAUGGGAUAUAGCAACCAAAUAUAUUAAUCAAUUACGAAUGAGUAGACCAUAUCCCGUUGUUACUGAAGUUGUACCAUUUCAAGCAUUUUAUCCUGCUGAACAAUACCAUCAAUUUUAUGAAGCACGACAACAACAACAAAAUAUGGUGGCAGCGGCAGCAAAGAGUUACUAUUUUUGGUAUUAA